UAGGUCAGCCCUAGUAGCAGCUGCGGCCAAUGGAGCUCCACCUAGGCCAGUCCCAGCCCCACCUAGCCCAGCCCCAGUGGCAGCUGUGGCCAGUGGAGUUGCAGGACUACCUGCGGGAGAUGCUGGAGGGCCCGACUGCCCACCACUUGCUGAGGUGGACGGCCUUGCUAAGAACGAGAUCGUGGAUCACACCAUCGGCCUCCAAAAUGAGGAUGAAAUGAUCCAUGCUGGGCAAGGAGUCUACAUCAAUCAAGAAUCCUGGAUGGAGAUGCAGAAAGCGGAGAGCGACUCUAUGUUUUGUAAAAUCACGGCCUCUUCCAUUUGGCCAGUGGAAGUGCUUUUAGAGAAGUCAGUGACCGGCACCCUCUCAAACAAAGCAAAAGCAGCGGGGCAAGAAAAAGCAUUUGCCCCACUUACUCCGCACAAGGUGCAGGCUCUCUCAGGCUGCUUUUGGCUAUACCUAAGGGAGAGGGGGUACCGCCAGGCUGAAAGGGCAGCCCGGCACCAGAAGAUGCGCCGGUACCUGUCCGAAAAGCUGUCGGAUCUGAGGAGAAAUCGCUAAAAAGGCUCAUCCCUUUGCCCUGUCCUGCCCCAACGUAUGGUCCCGCCACGGACUGCUCAUGCUGCUGCAGGUCUGCCAUCGCUUGCACUCGAUGCAGCCUUUUCACCGUUUUUUUUAUAUUAAUUUAGCUUAAGUUAUAUAUUGGAAAUACUGUUGAAAUGGAACAAAUGUAUUAUUGCAGCCAAUACGAGCUGAAAUGCCACUACGCGUGGCGCACGAUACUAUGAGAGUUGUCUCUCGGAUUGUUCAGUAAACCUCAGCAUGCGCUGAGGUGGAGACAAAUCGCUUGCGCUCAUUGCACCACUAUGCCGUUCCGUGUCAAAAUCUAGCUCAUAGUGGUGCAAUGAGUGCAAUCAGCAAUCUGCCUAAACCUCAGCAAACACUGAGGUUCGCUGAAAAAUCUGACAGGUGGUGCUGAUAGUACCCCAUGCCACGCGUCAUGACAUUUCAACUCAUAUUAGUCACGAUGUUACUUCCUCAAAUGUUGUGGUUUUUCUGUACCAUAUGCUCCCAGCAAAGCAAUGUAUAAUGUCAUAAUU